AUGCAGGGCGCAAAUGCUCAUGCAGGGUCCAGCGGACUACGGGCCGGGCGCAUCCGCGCCAACAACUUCACCUUCACGAACACCACAUCAAUCUUCCUACUACGCCUUCUCAACACUGGCCACAUGAUGUCGAUUGCAGAGGUGCGGUCGCGCUUCGAGGCGGCAUUUGCCCAAUCGAAGAUACCGAUCGAUCCUCGAAGACCGCCACCAGAUGCUGCGGGCUUCGUCCAGAACAUAUUCCUAGCAGCCAACAUCUGCACGCGACGAAAUAUCCAGCAAUGUUCAUCUUUCAUCAUCUCACAUAUCAUACCUUCUCAUGAGAAGACGAUACUAUUAUGUCAACUGCUCUUCGCCAUCAGUAGAUCCUUCGAACCACGGGAGCCUGGCCGACGACGCGACACUACAAAAGCAGAAGACACGAACACGGGACUUGGCAAAAUCGUCGCGGGAAAGUUGCAACAGCCUCCACAGCCAACUUUCAAACGACUACAUAUCCUGUAUAUCGUGAGUGAUGUACUCACGACACUGCACUAUCGAAGCUCGGACAGUCGCGUACCAAACCCAGAGAGCAUUAUUAUCAUCCAUCGAUAUAUUCCAUUACUCGCUACAUUUGCCACUUUUCGCGGCCACGAGACAUUCACUCGAACCUACCCUCAGAUCCUCUUCCUCCUCCUCACCUGGCGAGAUAACGACAUCUUGCCGGAGUCCCACAUCGCCACGAUCCACGAAAACAUACUAUUAGUCGAUUCGUCAAGUCUCACCUGGCCAGCCUUUGGUACCCAAGUAGACGAGGAAGAAAAGAAGAUCACCUUAGCUCUCGCCCACGAAGCCGAAAGCGCGAACCUCUCCCUACCCUCACGCCACAGCGUUCCCCACGACCCAACAGCGCCUUGGCAUGAGCUCCCAGCCGCUAACGGCCUGUACAUGAAGCGGACACGCGGCUACCCGCUGAAAGCCGCAGCAGUGCCGCAAGGAGGAUAUGUGGUCAGAGAAGCAGCUCAAGACAAGCCGCUAGAUCCUGGGUUGAAAGCCGAGGUGCAGAGUUUGCACAAAACAAUGCUCCUGCAAUUCGAGAAGUUCACCCCUGCCGAGGAAGUGCACGAUAUUGACGCCUUGGGCAAUAUUAUCUAUAUCGACCCUGAACGGCCUACGAGGAAUUACUGGGGUUGGAGUCUUGAGGGCAUUCCGCGGAUGAGAGAGCAGGCUGAGAAGGAUAGGUUGGCUGCUAGAGGAUAUGGAGAUUUGCAGCUUGGUGCUUCAGGGCCUGGGGGGGCGGUAGAGAGGGCUAGAGCUUUGGCUGAGGGGAGAGGUGGGUUGCAGCGCCGCGGUGGGAUGCAAGGUGGAGGUGGGAUGCAGGGUGGUGGUCAGAGGGGUGGUUGGAAUGGUUCAGUCAGAGGUGGACGAGGAUGGCGAGGAGGCGGUGGCGGUGGCGGCGGCGGUGGCGGUGGUGGUGGGAGGAGAUGGUGA